GGCUGCCCGCGGUGCGGAGCGGAGCGGCGGGGCAGGGGCAGCGGCAGCGCAGCUCGGCGCCUGGGAUGUUGGCGCGCGUAGGAGCGGGAGUGUCGCCGCCAGCUGCGCUGGGUGCGGGGCGCGCUCGGAGCGAGUCACGCAGGAUCAGACGGAGGCUUUUUGAUUCAUUGGAGGCGCGAGUGCCCCCCCGCCUGGGGAUUCACAACCAAAUUAAUUUUCCCUGAGAAAUAGCUGGAGUGCAGUGGAAGCCACUGGACGGUGUGUGAGGGUGUUCCUGGCGUGCAGCGUGGCGGGAGCGCGCAGGCACGGAGCCGUGGCUCAGCACGGGCGCAGCGGGCAGCAGAGGAGAGAGCGCUGAGCCGUGCCGCGGGAAAGAGAUGGCUUUCCUCUCUCAGGGCUCUGAGAAGAGCUAACGCCAACGCUGAGGAUGGAGCGGAGGGACCGAGCUUGCGGUCCAUCAACUUUUCCAAACCGGUGUUAAUGUGUGUGUGCGGGCAUGUACGCGGCGGGCGCACGGUGAGCUGCCAGGGUUAGGAGGAUGAGCCGUGGUGUGGACCGUGAUUUCCUCAUUCACGUUUAUUGCAGUAAAACAUGCUGAGGAAAUGCUGUGUUAUUGUGAAGCAAGAACCAUGGGACAGCUAAAUUCGAGGAGGAGCCUGCUUUAUUUUCUCCUUUUCUUUGCUGGCUGUCAUGAUCUACGAGGUAGAAACAUGAUAAGCCAAGCCCGCCUUCAGGGACACAGAAAUGUGGUGAAGAUGCCUCCAGGUGUCAGAGGUGGGGCUGUGUCCUCAGAAGCGCUUUUUCUUGCCUGUGGGCUCUGUUCAGUCAUUGAAGGCAGGGGCUCCAUAACCUGUAGUUGUUAGGUGGCUGUAAGGAAGGUGGGAACUUCACCAUGGGGUACGACAAAAACUGGACCUCGAGGAACGAAAGCGAGCAUGCCCCGUACCAGGCUGUCACCAGAGCUCUGGAGAUGAGGAACACCUCGGCUGCGCACAUGGCGUGGUCGAGUGGGAACGGCAGCCAGGCUGGUGUCACCCAGAGCGAGGAGCACAGCCAAGAGCAGACCUACCGGCACUUCACCACCACAGUGCAAAUCGUCAUCUUCGUGGGGUCUUUGCUGGCCUCAGGAAUGAUGGACCCUGCAGCUGUAAGCCCAGGUCAGGCUGUUCCCUUGAUAAAACCUGUCUGGAAUAGCUGUCAUGCAUUUGCUUCUUGUGUAUCUUCAGGUAACAUAAUGGUGCUGUGGUCAACUUGCAGAACAUCGGUACUUAAAUCUGUGACAAACCGGUUCAUCAAGAAUUUGGCCUGCUCGGGGAUCUGUGCCAGCCUGGUCUGUGUGCCUUUUGACAUUGCUCUUAGUGCCAGUCCACACUGCUGCUGGUGGAUCUAUACCAUGCUCUUCUGCAGAAUUGCCAAGUUUCUACACAAAGUCUUCUGCUCAGUGACCAUCCUUAGUUUUCCAGCCAUUGCUCUUGACAGGUACUACUCUGUUUUAUACCCUCUGGAAAGAAAAAUAUCUGAUGCAAAAUCCCGAGACCUGGUUAUCUAUAUCUGGGCCCAUGCAAUAGUGGCCAGUGUUCCAGUGUUCGCUGUGACCAAUGUGUCUGAUAUUUACGCCAUGUCCACCUGUUCUGAAACUUGGAGUUACUCCCUUGGCCACCUGAUAUACGUCAUCAUCUACAACAUCACCACUGUGAUUGUACCAGUGGCUGUGGUAUUUCUCUUCAUGAUUCUUAUUCGCAGGGCACUGAGUGCCAGCCAGAAGAAAAAAGUCAUUAUAGCUGCCUUAAGGACCCCUCAGAAUACAAUUUCUAUCCCUUAUGCCUCCCAGCGAGAAGCUGAGCUUCAUGCCAUGCUGCUUUCCAUGGUUAUGAUAUUUAUUUUCUGCAGUGUCCCCUAUGUGACUUUGGUGAUUUAUCGCACCAUACUCAAUAUUUCAGAUAUUUCAGUCUUCUUGCUCCUCACUGCGAUUUGGUUGCCCAAGGUCUCUUUGCUGGCCAAUCCUUUGUUAUUUUUAACUGUUAAUAAAUCUGUACGGAAGUGCUUAGUGGGGACGAUAGUACAGUUGCACCAAAGGUAUAGUAGGAGAAAUAUGGUCAGCUCGGGUGGUGUUGCAGAUGUUAAUCUGGAGCCCCAUGUCCGUUCGGGGAGCCAGCUUUUGGAGAUGUUUCAUAUCGGGCAACAACAAAUCUUUAAGCCAACGGAAGAUGAGGAGAAUGAGACCAAAUCCAUUGGCUCUGGUGACUUUCAGCAGAAAGAAAUUCCUACCACCAGCGUAGAGGUGGAAGAGACUUUGCUUCACAAGUUUAUACCGCAGACAACUGCAGACUCUGCAGCUCAGGUGGCGCCAGCUGUGCCCACAGAAGCUGAGAUGGUAAAUGACAAGUAUGCCAUGCAGUUUGGUUUUGGACCCUUUGAGCUGCCUCCACAGUGGCUCUCAGAAAACCGAAACAGUAAGAAGCGACUCCUGCCUCCUUUGGGGAAUACCCCUGAAGAGCUAAUCCAAACAAAACAGCCUAAGUGUAAAGCAGAAAGAAAAAUCAGCAGAAACAAUAAAGUCAGUAUCUUUCCCAAGGUGGAUUCUUAGCAAGAGCAGGAGCUUUAAGUGACAGAGGAAGGUCACCUUUUAUAAUAUGUGUGAUCCCAUGGAUCUUUGGUAUACUGAAAUUUGUUACAGGCUGAUUUCUUUGGUGCCAAAUGUAAUUUAAACAAACAAACAAAAGGGAAACAUAUAUACAAGUGUUCCUUACUAAUUUGUUUUCAUCAAAAUAAUGUAUCAAAAGAUGGCAAUUCUUGGCUUUAUCUGUGAAAUCCCUACAAUGAUAUGCGCCUGAUGAACUUCCAAAAAGUACACAUGGCUUUGGGAACACUUUGGGGGGCUGAAGGAUGGAAAUACAGUGGCCAGGUGGCUGGGAAAUCUCCCGUUGUCUUAAAAUGGAAUGGGAAUCAAAGUAACUUAAUAAGAAAGGCUGUGGGGAGCAGAAGACAUGCAAAACGGCUAAGUCCUCCCCUCCUGUAAAUGGACACAGCUAAGUAUUGCACAUUUCAUCAAUGAAGAUGGACUGUUAAGUACAUCUGUUGUCUGUUAUGUCCAUUUCUUAAAUCAGUGUUAAAAAUAAAAACUUGCUGGACUUUUUUCACAAAUUAGUUACUAAGUAUCUGCCAAACAUGUACACUUUUUUAAAACCCAAACCACUAUUUUUUGGCUUAAAACUUCAGCAAAGCCAAGAAUACCCAAAUCGUUACAUGUGUCAAACCUGAGAAAGACCCUUUUUUUUAAAAAAAAACCCAUAUAUUCUUGUAGUUUUAAGUAAAAACUGGAUUGGAGACCAUGCAGGACAAAUCCUGACUCCAGUAAACAAGUACGUAUGUGCCAAGGGCAUAAAUAAAACACUUUGAUCCUGUGAUAAAGGGCAUAUACAAAUGUCUGAACAGUGUAAUGUAUGUGUCGUGUAAGGAACGAAGGGGUCAACCGUAAAAUAGACUCAUCUGCUAGCAGAUGAGUCUAGAUGGAGCUAGCAAAUGAAAGAAGUGGGUCAGAAACGCUGGUAGCCUCAUACUGAAGUGCCGAAUUAGGAAGCUGAUAAGGGACCCCAAAAGGCAAGGUUUGUUCAUGCUGUUGCUCUGAUGUUGUCAGAUGAAGGGAGGUUUUCCUUCUGCCUUCGCAGAUAUAGAUACCAACCAUCCUGCUCCACUCAUCUCCCAGAGCAGACCACCCUGCGUAGGAAUAUGAGACUUACAGAUCUGGUGCCUAAUUCCUGAGUGAAUGGGAGUCAUGUCAUCCCUAUAUCAGCUCACCAGCCUUUCUAGGAGAGUUCAGGCAUUGCCUGCAGCUUGUCCCCCUGCAUCACCACAGGCAUAUUGUCUUGUUUAUACUGAGUGUGAACUUCAAACUAUAUCAGUCUGUUAGAUGUCCUGAAGCUAUUGUAACUGUUGUCUCUGUGGGUAGCUUCUUAAAAGCACAAUGUGGUAACAUCUGUGUACUCCUUGUGGUUCUCCUGUACUUUAGCUCUUUGGUGCAUGCUGAACCUUUAUCUGUAGUUACUGCCUGUUUAUGAAAGUAGUUUUCUUUAAAGUAUACCUUUAAAAGGACAACGUAAAGAAUCUUGCCAAGUUCACAGUAAUUUACUAAAUCCAACCAGUUAAUGUUAAAAGUGAGAAAAAAAUUCUGCUGAAGCAGAAUUUGUAGAUGUACCUGUUCUACUUUUGACAUGUUUGAAGAAAGCAGUUUCCAAUGGCUCUGAGGUGGUGGAUUUCUACAAGGCAUUAAAAUCAAAUGUUUUAAUAAAAAUGUAUUUAAAAAAAGGUUUAUCAAUUACUGUGUAAAUGAUGUUUUUUCUCCAUUUGAUCUUUGGUUUCAGUGCUCUUCACUUCUUAUUAGAUGCAGAGAUGAGAAGGCAGACUUAGCUUGCCUGAAAUCAGACAGGAGAAAUACUCCAGGAAAAGUUGUUUCUUAUGUGGCAGAGGUAGAGAAGUACCACAGCAGACUUUUUUAAAAGUGUUGAUAAAAAGUAAUUUAACGGAGUGGUUUUUUUUCCAAAGUUAGUGAAAGAACAGAUGUCAUUCAAAAAAUCCUGAAAACCUCAAAAGCAAAGUAGGAGUUACAGUUUCCUUAUGAAUUUUGGUUAAAUUAAAUAUUUAUGGUCCACUUACCCAUAGACACCAA